UGAGAUAACAGUUUCAACUAAUCAUUCACUUACUGAAAUGAUUUUCACUUCAUUUGUAAAAAUGGAAAUUCAAUUAAAGAUCGUUUUGUUGGCGUGUAUAAGCCUUACGGUGGCAAAAGAGGAUAAGCGUUUGGUCCUGGACGGUACCGACUCAAGCGACUUUGAGCAACUUAUGUUAGAGGUCUCGCAACUUCAAACAAAGGUUGCGGCACUCGAAAGUAAUUCAGCUUCAGAUACGUACGUGCGGUGGGGAAGAACAUCCUGCCCUUCAGACAAUGAGCUCGUCUACAAAGGUUAUGCGGGAGGUUCACAUUAUUCUCAUAGUGGAAGUGCAGCGAACUGGCUCUGUUUGACCGAUUCCCCGCAGUGGGGCUACUAUGAGGAAAAUGUCGCCUCAGGAGCAAAGGUCUACGGGGGAGAAUACGAGUUCAGCGACCUCCAUUAUGACGGAGGUAGCAGGUACUUCGGACAAAACUUGAAUGACGAGGACGCUCCUUGUGCCGUGUGCAAAUCCCCGCGUUCAUCAUCGGUAAUGAUCCCUGGUAGGAAAGAAUGCUUCCCUGGAUGGACGAAGGAAUACAACGGAUACUUAGUAGCAGGAGAUUACCAACACGCCUCAGCAUCCGAGUUCAUCUGCUUAGACGAACGUCCGGAAAUGAUUGUAGGGGGCGCUGCGAACAUGGACGGUAAAACCUUCUACAUUGCAGAAGCAGUCUGCGGUUCCCUCCCUUGCCCUCCAUACGUUCAGGGGCGGGAACUCACGUGUGUAGUGUGCAGUAAGUGAAAUGAACUCGUUUACGUUUGAUAACGCGUUUGCUACGAAAAUUACUUAUAAACUAUUUCGGAUUAAAUGAUUGCAUACGAA